AGCCCUGCCAAAUUUUGACUCGGUGGAUGACCUCGCGAUACCAUAUUGACUGCUCCUUUGCAAAUCACACUCACCAUCCGCGAAGACAACCUCCAGUCGCAAACGCCCAAACCAGUCACAAUGUCUACCGCCGAGCUCGCCUCUUCCUACGCGGCCCUCAUCCUCGCCGAUGAUGGUGUCGAGAUCACUGCCGACAAGCUCCAGACCCUGAUCAAGGCUGCCAAGAUCGAGGAGGUCGAGCCCAUCUGGACCUCCCUGUUCGCCAAGGCUCUUGAGGGCAAGGACGUCAAGGACCUGCUCUCCAACGUUGGCUCCGGUGGUGGCGCUGCUGCCCCCGCUGCCGGCGGCGCUGCCGCUGGCGGUGCUACCGAGGCUGCCGCCGAGGAGGCACCCAAGGAGGAGGAGAAGGAGGAGUCCGACGAGGACAUGGGCUUCGGUCUCUUCGACUAAGCGAUUUUUCCUGCGACGAUUUCCUUCCCUUUGUAACUUCAACUGCAUGGAUCCGGGGGUUCUACGAUUCGCGCGAUCAUAAAGGAUUGGGUGGAGGCACGAUAUCCUGCUGCCUGGACAGAGUAGCUCUCAUACGAUAAUGUGAAGACGCUCUCUACGCGGAGUUCACUGGACAUCCUCAAAAAAUGAAAGUGGAAUUUGGCAUGCUUUGAAAAUACCGGGACCCGCGCGGUGAAUGGAGUGAGCCGUGGACGUCGACAUGAUACACCAGCUUAGCUCGAGUUGGAAUGGCUUAUGACCCUACC